CUCCUCGCGCCCAAGCGCGAGCGCCGCAGUGGGCGGGCCCGCGCCGUGCGUCCCUGCGUGAGUCCGGCCCCCGCCAGCUCCGGAGCGGCCCGAGGGCUCACAGCCGGCUUCUCUCUAGCUUCAUCCUGCUCGCUAGCCUCGCCGUCAUGCUGGGCACCGCUCUCCGCCGCUGCGCCGUAGCCGCAGCCGCAGCCGCAGCCAGCCGGGCCGGCCCUCGAGGCCUUCUGCACCCCGCCCCGGCCCCCGGCCCCGCCGCCGCUAUCCAGUCAAUUCGCUGCUAUUCCCAUGGGUCACAUGAGACAGAUGAGGAGUUUGAUGCUCGCUGGGUGACAUACUUCAACAAGCCAGAUAUAGAUGCCUGGGAAUUGCGUAAAGGGAUGAACACACUUGUUGGCUAUGAUCUGGUUCCAGAACCCAAAAUCAUUGAUGCUGCUUUGCGGGCAUGCAGACGAUUAAAUGAUUUUGCUAGUGCAGUUCGCAUCUUAGAGGUUGUUAAGGACAAAGCAGGACCUCAUAAGGAAAUCUACCCCUAUGUCAUCCAGGAACUUAGACCAACUUUAAAUGAAUUGGGAAUCUCCACUCCAGAGGAACUGGGCCUUGACAAAGUGUAAACCCCAUGGAUGGGCUUCCUAAGAAUUUGUUGAUAUUACUACUUGAUUGUAAACAGUCACCUGGAAAUACUGAUGAUAACAUAUUACCUUAUUUGAAACUGUUUUCCUUUAUUGGGUACCAAACCAUGUAAUGGUAACUUGGACUUUAAUAAAAGGGAAAUGAGUUUGAACUGAAA